AUGUUGGGAAUCGGGGAAUCGGAGAAUGGGAAUGAUGAGAGAGAGUUGGUCUCGAUUUGUGCUCGCUCUGCGAUUCUGCGAAUGGGUUGGCGAAGAGAGCUGGAGGUCAUGGACUAUGGAGGCGUCGGCCGGGAGAAAGAGAGACCAAGCGAGCGACUGAGACUGGGGGAAAGACGUAUUUGUCCUUGCUGGGGCAAUUACUGUUUGUGA